AUGGAGGACUAUUAUCAGAAAGAAGCUACUUCUCUCCAAAUCAUCCGCGAGUUGAAGCACGCUCAUCUGAUCACUCCAUUGGCAGCUUACACCAGUGGCGACCUUCGCGCAUUCCUCUUUCCUUGGGCAGAAGGUGGAAACUUGAAGGAGUUUUGGAAACGGACCACCACACGAGCAACAGAGGACGGUGAGCUCAUGAAAUGGGUCCUCAAUCAGCUUUGUGGUAUUUGCAGUGCAACCAAAGCUCUUCACGAGAAGAACUGUCGCCAUACGGAUCUCAAGCCGGAAAACAUCCUUCUCUUCGAAGAAUAUGGGCCUCGGGGCAUUCUCCGCAUAGCCGAUGUUGGCCUCGCUAGGUUUCACAAUGACAUUACCCGACAACGAAAGUCGAUAACAAACGCGAAGACAGGCACUGUGCGAUAUGAACCCCCAGAAAUGGGUCGCGACAAGCAGCUUCCUCGGGUAUACGAUGUCUGGUGUCUUGGAUGUGUCUUUUUCGAGUUUCUAAUAUGGGCUGUGUACGGCCCGACAGGUUUGGACAGCUUCAUCAGAUUGAGCGUUGAGCAACAGUUCUGGGAGAAACAGAAGGAUGGCUAUCACCAACACUGGGAAGUGAGACGUUGGAUCACACACAUGUCAACGUUUCUCAAAAGUGGAACAGCCUUGAAAUGCUGCUUGACCCUGAUUGAUGAGGGUAUGUUAGUGCCCGCCUGGGAGAACCGCUUACAGAUCGCGGAUCUUCAAAUCAAGUUUGAGGAUAUCCGUAACAAAGCAGAGAAAGACGAAAAGUUUCUCUUGGACCAAGACCUACCGAGAAGAAUCACUACACCACCACAGUCGACUGUCGUGAUGGGCAGCAAGAGCAUAACCUUACAAGUCCCUGAUCAACCGAAAAUGCGUAACUCAUCGUUGGCGUCUCGUACAGCACCAGAUGUACUCAACGACGAUGCGGAAAAAUCAACUAAAAACUUGGACACCAGUGUUCCAGAGCGCGCGGGCGCCACGUUGCAUGUACCAGAGAUAAGUGUUGAGCGUGCGCAAGAAAAUGUGCGGCGGUUUUGA